AAAGUAAACAUUGACUGGACAUUGGCUAAAUUUAUUUAUUUUUGUCCAUUUCUGUCGAUAUUUUUGUGAUAAAACUGUAAAUUACUCAAAUUAAGAGUCCUGUACCAUGGAGGGAGCAUCCGGAGAACAUCAGGACUCCAAAAAGAAAUCGCCUUUUGAGGAUCUGCCGAAGGAGGAAUUGGUCAAAAAAUGUAAAAAUUUGCUCUUGAUCGCACAAAAAGCGAAACAAGCAAAAGAUGAAACUUUGGACGAGGUCAAAAAAUUACAAGAAGUCGUAAGUGGCUUUGAGAUGCAGAAAAACGCCGAUAAGGAAAGUUUAAAGGCGAUGCAAGAAAUUGUCGAACGCUUGACCACAGAUAAGCUUGCCUUGGCAAACGAAGUCGAAGAUUAUCGCAGAAAACUCAUAAAAAUCGAGAAACAAGCGAAAAGUCACAAAUCCAUGGAGGACCGAACACGAAUCGAAUUCCUCGAGACGGAAGGCGCGAUAAAGGACGACGAAAUUCGGGCACUUACGGACCGCGUAAAGUCCCUCGAGACGCAAAUUCACGAAUUUCAGGCGAAACGCGAAGAGCAUGACGUCGAAAAGUUCGAGGCCGAAGAAAAGGUCGUUAAUUUAGAGGAACAAUUACUUGAAAAAACUAACAUUAUCACCGAAUUACAGGAAAAAUUGCGGCAAACUGACCCGAAUGACGCCCUUGAACGUCUGAAAGCCGAAAAUUUCGACUUGAACGAGAAAGUUAGUCAGCUCGAGCACGAAAAUGAGGAACUAAAAGCCUUACAGAAGAAAUUGGAAACGGAAUUAGAGGAAUUACGAAGCUCAAACUCAACAUUAACCGGAAAAUUAGACGAUUGCCUUGAAAGUCGCGGCGUAAAAACGCGCGAAUGUGAAAAACUCUCGGAAUUAACGAAAGAUUUUGAACGCGUUAAAGAAGAAAAAGAAACCGAAAAUGAAACUCUUAAAAAGGACAACCAACAAAAAGACAUAAAAAUCACACAAUUAAAGGACGAAGUCAACGAAUGUCAAAAAGAAAUCAACCGACUGACGUCAGAACUCGAAGAAGCGGUUCGCAGACAAAAAAUCGCCGAAACCGAGGAAAGUCGACAAAUCAACGAAUUAAAUAGAGAGCUCGAGAGUUUGCGACAAGAGAAGGAAGAUGAAAUCACAGACCUGAAAAAUCGCCUAGAAAACGUUUCGGACACGCUCAAAUCGAAAACUGAGGAAAUUAAUACCAUGCAACAUUCCAUCGAGGUGCUCAAUAAACAGAAACAGGAGCUGGGCAUUGAAAAAAUCACCGAAAUCGAGAAUUACAAGAAAGAAAUUGCCAACUACGAGGUGCUUGUGAAGGAAAAAGAGACUGAAAUCGAGAAAUUAAAAGCAAUUCAAAAUGACAGCACGUCAGAAUCGAAUUUGGUCGUCGAAAAAAUCCAAAAAGAACUUUCUAGUUUGAGAGAAGAGUCGGAAAAAGUUCAAAAAGACAUCACGGAGAAAGAAGAGGAAAUUGGAAAAUUAGAAAAAUUGUUGAAAGAAAAGUCAGACCUCUUGGAAGAUGCGAAAAGAUCAUUUAAUGAAGCGAAUUUGAAAGCAAAUGAAAUGAAAGAAGCUGUAGAAAAAGAGUUGGCGGAAAAACUGAAAGUUAUUGAUGAUUUACAAAUUGAGAAAGAUUCACAAAAAGUAGAGUUUGAAAAAUUAGUUCGAGAAAAAACUGAAGAAAUUGAAAAACUUAAAUUAGCUCUAAAUGACGAAUCUGAGACUAAAGGUGUGGUUCACGAACUUCAAGAGGAGCUGAAAAAAUUGAGAUCUAAGGCAGAAAAUUAUCAAAAAGACCAAAAGUUGGCUUCAGAAGAGCUAAAAAUGAAAACUGAAGAGUUACAAUCGAAAACUGAAGAGCUAAAAAAACUUGAAGCUGACUUAGAAAAUAAUCAGAAAGAACUGAAAUUGAAAUCUGAAGAGCUAAAUACAAAAACUGAAGAGCUAAAUACAAAAACUGAAGAGCUAAAAACGAAAACUGAAGAGCUAAACACUAAAACUGAAGAGCUAAAAACAAAAACUGAAGAGCUAAACACUAAAACUGAAGAGCUAAAAACGAAAACUGAAGAGCUAAACACAAAAACUGAAGAGCUAAACACAAAAACUGAAGAGCUAAAAACUGAAGAGCUAAAAUCGAAAUCUGAAGAGCUGAACACAAAAACUGAAGAGCUAAACACAAAAACUGAAGAGCUAAACACAAAAACUGAAGAGCUAAACACAAAAACUGAAGAGCUAAACACAAAAACUGAAGAGCUAGAAACCUUAAAAUCAACAUUCGAAUCUGAAAAAGCCGAGUUAACGAAACAAAUCUCAGCUAAAACUGAAGAAAUCCAAUCCUUACACACUUCAAUGGCUGCUCAAAUGGACUCAAAAGACGUUUCAGAAAAGCUUCAACAAGAAAUUUCACAAAAAUCGGAAGAAAUCAAAAAAUUACACGAAACUCUUGAUACUCAAAAAUCAGAAUAUGAGCAAAAAAUUGAAGAAUUAACGUCCAAAUUUAAUUCCGACUUGACUUCAUCAAAAACUGAAACAGAAAAUCUUCAAAAAACGUUGAACGAAAAAUUGGAAGAAGUCAAAAACUUGGAAAAGAAAUUCGAGUCUGAGAAGUUUGAGCUAGAAAAUCAUUUCAAAACACUUUUGCAUGAGAAAGAUUCUGAACUUGAAAACCUAAAAGCAUCUUUGAAUGAUAAAAAUCAAUCAGAAAAUGAAGAAUUUGUGAAAUUACAAGAAAAUUUGAACAAGUCAAGAAGUGAAAUUGAAAAAUAUCAAAAAGAAUUGCAAGAAAAGUCAGAAGAAAUUAAAAAUUUAAAAGAAAAUUUUGAUACCGAAAAAUCCGCUUUCGAAAAGAAACUUCAGGAAAUCGUCGCAGAAAAAGAUUCCGAGCUUGAAACCUUAAAAUCAUCAGCUAAGGACCAAUCAAAGUCAAAAGAGCUUAUCAAAAAGGUCAAACUUGAGUGCAAAAAACUUCAAGAAGAAUUAAAAGCAAAAACUGAUGAAAUCACAUCACUCCAAGAAACCUUCAACCAACAAAAAAUCGAGUUCGAAAAUCAAUUAAAAUACAAAAUCUCUGCUUUGGAAGAAGUUUCCGCCAAAGUUCUUUCUCACAAAAAAGAAAACAACGAAUUACUUGACGAGCUAAAGGAAAUUAACAACAUCCUCAAAGAACGUGGCGAAGUAAUUUCCAUUCAAAUGUCAAAAAUUUCCGAACUAGAACAGGCUAAAUCUUCACUCGAAGCUAAAAUUGCUGAAAAAGAAAGUCAACAAACGGCAACUCAAGCAUUUGAAAAGCAAAUCGCCGAAAAUAUGGAAACAAUAAAAGAUUUACAGAAAAAAUUAGUCGAUUCACAAAAAGCGUUACAGAAAAAAGCCGCAGAAUCUGACAUGAACGUUUCCCAAUCUGACGCGCUAUCGACCUCGACGAUCUCGAAGGCAGAUGAAAGUGCGAGAUUGAGAGAAUUAGACGACAGUUUCGAAGAAAAAUACAACAAAAUGCGAUUUUUGGCUGUGAAAUUGAAGAAAAAGGUCGCCGAUCAAGCUGCAACUAUCACAAAGUUGGAAAGUGACUUGCAAAAUGCUUCAAAAGAAACUCCUUCGAACACUGAGAAAAAAUCCUCAGGAAAGGACGAAAGUUUAUUCUUAAUGUCUACUUUGGAGAAAAAAGAAGAACUUCUUAAACAAGCUAACGAAAAGAUCGAAACUCUUAAUGAAGAACUCACAAAAGCGAAAGCUGCUAUAAAGAAAACGAGCAUGCUGAGUCUCGAAAUGGGCUCAUACGAAAAAUCCUUAACCGAAGUCAGCAAGAAGCUGGAAGAGAAAAAAGUGCAAAUAACCGAACUUGAGGCUACAAUAAAAGCUCAAAAUGAGACUGCAAACACUUUUAAAGACCAAAUUCGUGAGUUAGAAGAAAAUUUGAGAGCGGAAAAAGCUGAGACGGAAAAGCUUAAAGCCGAAAUUGAUGAAAAAACGACAAAACUGAGUGAAUUUGAAAAAGAAAAUGGCGAACUCAAAGCUCAAAUUGACAGUUUAGAAACGGAAAAAGAACAAUCAAAAUUGAAAUUUGAAGAAACCAGUUUAGAGUCCAUGAAUUUACUUGGAGAAAAGGAAAAAACAAUCGCCAACUUGGAAAAUGAAAAAUCCAAAGCUCAUAAAAACCUAAACACCUUGCAAGAAAAAGUUGAUUCGCUCACGGAACAACUUCAAGAGAAGCAGGUCGAACUGGAUGAUUUAAAAACUGAAUUUGCCAGUUACAAGGUACGAGCUCAAUCGGUGCUGAAACAGAGUCAAACGAAGGAUGCGGUGAAAGAAAAAGAGCUUGAAGAAGAAUUAACAGUUUUGCAACAAAAAUAUGAAGGAUUGGAAAAGCGAUUUAACGAAGUUGAAGCUGAAAAUGAUGAAAUUAAAAAGAAGUUUUCGCAUUUAGAAAGCGAAAAAGAAAGACUUCAAACGAGAUGCGAUGAGUUCUUUAACUUGGUCGAAGAGCAACGAGUUGCCAAUGAAACGUUACUCGAAGAAAAACGUCAAGUCACGAUCGAAAGUGAUGAAGCUCUCAAAGCGAAACGUUUGGAAAUCGAAACUGUUCGCUUGUGUUACGAAAAAGAGAUUCAAACGUUGUUAGAAAAACAUCAAACCGAAAUUGACAAGAUUAAAUCGCAACAACCGAUUGUUCCUGAGCCCUCGAUUGCGAGAAACGAAGCAGAAAGUUACGAGUCCCGUCCACAAAUGAAUCCCUUUGGCCUUGCUUCGACAGACGAGCAAAAGAUCAACAUGAUUCUCAUGCAACGCGAAGAAGGCGAAGGUUCCGAACACACAUCCAAUUUCAUGCCUUAUCGUAAACCUUCGAACCGGAACAAACAUGACUUGAUUCCAUUAGAUGAACUUUUAAGCUCUCCCUUUGACGAAAGUUACACAGCAGCCUUGGAAGAACGACCUGUUUCGCCAACCGUUGAACUUCAUCAAACACGCGAAAAACUUAUCGUGCAAGAAACUCGCGUCAAGCAUUUAUCGAGCUUACUGUCGGAAGCGGAACAAGAUUUGGCAAAACUCACGCAUUUGAAUGAGGUGCUAAAAGAAGAGGUUCGGCGACAACAAAGAUCGCUUGAAAGGGAGCAACACACCCAAAACUCGGAAUACCUGAAAAAUGUCAUUGUCAAGUUUUUGACUUUGAACAGCGGGAAUGAACGAGCCAGGUUGAUUCCGGUUUUGAAUACGAUACUUAAGUUAAGUCCCGAGGAGACGCAACAACUUCAAACAGCAGCAAGAGGAAACGAAGGACUUUCUCGUUUAACAGGAAUUUUGCCAAUUUGGUCCAAUAACAAUUAGAGUGAUACAUUUUCGUAAGUUACUCGCAUCCUUGUUGAUUAAUAGUGAAUUAGUUAGUGAAAGAAAGUUAUUUUAUUAAAUAUUUAAAUGAAAUACUUAUUAGAGUAAUAUUAUUGCAAUAAAGUUAAUUUUUUGGAAAUCAA